AAAGGAAGUGCCCUCCCAUUUUGAGCACAUGACUGGUGGUACUCCAGUAAGCCACAACAGAAACGUUUGUAGUGUUGUCGGGCUAAUUUUUGCCUAGCUAGUAUUUUUUUCUGUCGUUGGCUGUGCAUAGUUGUUUUUAAAAUGAAGCUGCAGUGUUUAGUCGUUGCUCUGUGCUUCGGCCUCGGUGUAAUGGCUGGGAAAUACUCUCGUGAAUUUAACGAGCCCAAGCCGAGCGGCAGUGAUGGACAGCCGGUGGAGUUCAGGAUAGCUAAAUUGAGCCAGGUGUGGGAGAAGGCUAAACGGAUGCAGUUGUCCCCAGUGCGGCAGGCGGAGCUGCACAGUGACCUGAAGAUCCAGGAGAAAGAUGAGCUCCAGUGGAAGAAGCUGAAGGUGGAGGGGCUGGAUGAGAACGGGGAGAAAGAAGCCCAACUCCGACGUAACUUCAAUGUGAUCCUGGCCAAGUAUGGAAUGGAUGGCAAAAGAGACACUCGAUCACUGGAGAGCAACUCCCUGAAGGACCACGACACCAAAGAGGGAGACAUAUUUGAUGAUCCCAGGCUGGACAAACUGUGGAACAAGGCCAAGAGCUCCGGGAAGUUCUCCAACGACGAGUUGCUGAGUCUGAAGAGGGAGUUCCAGCAUCACAAGGACAAGAUCCACGAGUACACCAUCCUCAUGGAUACCGUCAGCAGGACAGAGGAAAUACACAAGAAUGUGAUCUCUCCCCUGGAGGGCGAUGCCAAAGAGCCUGUGCUGCACCAGAAGCACACGGACCUGAAGCAGAAAAUGAGAGACCUCAACCAGGGCUUUGAGCGCCUCCGUAAGCUCAGCCAUGAGGGCUUCACUGAAGACAGCGAGUUUCGGGAGCCCCGUGUGAUUGAACUGUGGGAGGCUGCCAAGAGAGCCAACCUGAGUGAAGACGAGCUGGACUCUCUCAAGGAGGAGCUGCGUCACUUUGAGACAAAGGUAGAGAAGCACAGCCAUUACCAGGAGCAGCUGGAGCUUUCCCACCAGAAGUUGCUACACGUGGAGUCUUUAGGAGACAAAGCGCACAUCAAGAGGAACCAGGAAAAGUACAACACGCUAGCGGAGAAGACCAGGGAGAUGAGUUACAAGAUGAAGAAACAUAUGCAGGACUUGUCCAACAAGAUCUCUCGUGAGGGACUGGAGCACAAUGAGCUCUAACUCGGAUCAUGAAGGUUAAAUGCACUUCCCUCUACAACCACACAACGUACGUUACGUGCCCCCGUUCCCCUUUAACUACUGAAAAACUAGUUUUCUACUUUUCUAGUGUUAGUAGUAGUUGAUUUUCCUAGAAAUCGCUAAAUGAAUGAAUGGUUUGUAUAGAAUAUGAGAGGCUUCUUAUUAAUCAGCUAGCAUUAUUGGGGUAACAAACUGGUCAGCUGAUCAGUCACAGUACAGAUAAAAUAAUGAUGGAAUAGUUUACAUAGUUUACGGUUUCUGGGGAACAGCCAGCCGACUUCAUCUUGUAGGACUAUUGGCACAUUACUGGCCAGACAAUUUGUCCACACCCAUCCAUCAUUACCGUGGUCUGCUGACAUUUUACGUUUAUUAUCUAAUCAAUGUAAAAUGAAUAGGGCUUUGCAGAUUCAGGUAGGAAGCACAGAAACCCGGAAAUGUAACAGCAAUCUUUAAUCAGUACGAUACAUGUGCCAACAACAUACAAACAGUAAUAUUUUAAAAAUAUAAUUUAAUAUGGUUAUCGUCUUGCCAUAAAUAAAAGCAGUUACUAUUUACAAAUCCUGUAGAGGAAAGCUGUCCCUGUAGUGACGUUAAAGGGAUAGUUCGGAUCAUUUGAAGUGGGAUUGUAUGAGGGAUUAUGACAGCAACGGUGAAAUGCUGUUCACUGUGGAGAAAACCUUUUAUUAGCUAGAGUAUACAGAAGAAGAACUUUUGCAGAGGGAGACAGGAAUAUGAACAUUCUACUUGUAGAAUGUUGUAGCAGUGAGUGAAAAUAUUCUAAAUGUAGCGUACACUUAACUAAUGAUUGAACCCCACUUCAGAACAUCUAAACUAUACCUUUUAACAUUUUUGGUUAAGUUUUUCUAACUCUCUUCUACUCAGACACACCAGUGGGGAACUGCCACCAUAAAAAUAAAUUAGCGCCAAAUGUUUGACAAUUUGUCUUGAUGAUAUCAAGAGGGAGGUGAGAAAUGGAACACACACUGUGCUUUUUCAUUCAUCAAUUCAGACCAGAAGCAGACAUUGAUUGCUGGGAUGAAUAAUGUUGCCGUUAGGGCCACAUAGUCCUGGAUUAAUGUAAUUUGUAUUCAAGGUAUAACUCAAAGAUGCUUCAAAUGCUUUUAAGAUCUGAUGUGGAAUGAUAGCCAAGCAGGCUGGGACUCAAGUGUGGCUUUCUCAUUGAUCUCUCAACUCUUAGUAAAACAGCCAGCCUGAAGAAACUAAAUCUAGCUAGAAUUUAAGAUUAUCUAAAAUAUCAGUGCCAUACCCUCAUAAUUAAGGCCAUUUAUACCAAUGCUCAACAGUCACCUGAGAGAAUCUAAAAGAGGCAUACAUAAGUACCAUGCAGCAAAACGACAAUUAUUUCUGUGGUAAAAAGUCAAGCACUAAUUUAAGUACAAGAAUAUGAGAACUUACAACACAUCCAAGAUGGCAGCUGCGUAAGAGACUUCCCAGACAUUUCCUUCUAAUUCUUAGUGGAAUGGAUUGUUUGUGGACAUUUCUGUUCACUGGUACAACUGUGGCUGUGUUAAGUACAAGUAGCAAUGUUUGGUAUGACCAACUGCAAUUAAGCGUAUUCAGAUAGAAUCUGCAAUGAACUGUCGAGUUGGGUGUGUUUGGUGGCCCUCACCGCCUGCUCUCCAGCUCAGUCAGUCUUUCCUCUCUACCCUGAACAUGCUCCGCCCCCACUCUCUGAGCUGUUUCCAUGGCAGUGAUGUUGAGGUGGGCGUACCUGAUGGAGCCCUCUUCUGGUUGGGAAAAUCAGUGGUAAUGACAGAGAAAAAAGAGAAGACAUUGGUGUUUCUACUUUGUUUUCUGUAACUUAAAAAUUGUCACAUCACACUGUCAGUCCCUACGAUGCAUUGAUCAGUUACUUUGUUUUAACUAACAAAACUACCAUUAAUUUAAUGCGAUUGUAAAAAUGCAUUAAGAUGAUCUCUUUCAUUUUCCAAUUUACAGCUUAGAAUUUAGAUUGUUAUAAAAUGCUUUGUCACUUUUGUAUUCCAUCAUUUUCACAGGUCAAUGUAUAAUAAUACCACAUAAAUUAGUACUAAAAGAUUGUUUUUCCCAAUUAAGUGUACCAAAUUUUUUUUUUUAAGGACCGCUGGAAAAUGAGCACCUCUGUAAAAAAUAAAUAAUGUUUUGUCAUAA